AUGAACGAUAGGACCGAAAAAGAAGUGGCAAGAGAAGUCCACUCUACAUUAUAUUCAAAGAAAACAAAUGCACAGAAAAGUGUAAUCAAAACAUAUUUUGAUGUUAAUGCUGUUUUCGAAGAUCCGAUCGUCAGUGUCCAAGGUCACGACAAUAUAAUCCGUCAGUUCCUUCUUCUGGCCACAAUCUUUUUAAACAUAACUCCUGAAAUUCAUACUAUCACUGAUACAGUAGUAGCAGGAAAUCACCAUAUCGUUUGUAUCGAUGCAUUCAUCAAAUAUAGGUUGCCUUUAAAACUACUACUGAUUCGUCACGAAAUAGAAUUACGUACAAUUACACGAUUUGAAUUUAAUGAGCAACAAAAAAUUGUUAGGCAUGAGGAUAUUUGGAGUUUAAAAGAUUUAUUGGAAAAAUUGCCAAUUAUUGGAUGUAUUUAUUCUGGAAUCUGGAGAAGGUGCACUGGACUCGUUACAAAUCAACUAGUGAUUUUAACACAAGAAACUAUUAAGGCUUGGAAAUAUGAAUUGUAA